CACCUAGUUUAUCUGAGCAGACAUGUAGAGUUCAGCACUUUAAAUCAGAGAUUGUGAUUUCUUCUGGUUUGCCUUGUCAGAUUUUUCUGAUUUUUUUUGAAAUAUCCUCAGUCAUCUGGCAGGAACAAAGGCAAAGCAGAAAAUGGUUGAGCAGCCAAAACUGCUUCAUAGACCCCUGGCUCCUAAGCUACCAUCUAAACUGUCUGCACCAAGCGAGAAUGUUGGUAAAGGUAAAUUGUACAAAGACAGUUCGUGUAGACUAAACAUCGGCUGGGUGCAGUACUGUCUGGAAAUUAGGGACUAUGUAAGGAACCGGUGGACUUCCAGUAUGAGGAAGUUCCCCAAAUGUUUGUCCCUUUGCACAUCUGUUCAUUAGAUUUGUCAUAGUCAGACACAAAUCCAUCUCAAAGACCCCCUUCUUCAGACUUAGUUCCAGCCUGUCAGUACACAGCCCCAGUUGACCUCGUUCCUUCUUGCCCAAUGCAUUACUGCAAGCAGAGUUGAUCAAUAUGAAAUUAUUCCUGUCUACUCAAGCAGCCAAAUGCCAAAACAAAGCAAAGAGAAAAACGUUUUUUCUGUCCAACCUCCUAGGAGAAAUUUUAUUGUUACUGAAAUUCCUAGUGGGCCUGAUAGCUACCCAUCCCACAAAAAACAUAGAUUCUCUUGUAUGAAGCACUGAGACUUACAGAGCACUGGCCCUGCCCAUUUCACUCCUGUGUUUGCACUGGAAAGUCUGGCUGCAGUUUCAUCUUCUCACCCUCUGCAUCUGAAGACAACACUCAAAACUGCCUUUUCCCACUACAACUGUCAAGUCCUCAGUAGAUGGUUAAUGAUUGAAAAGAGGAGCUUGCAGCACUGUAGCAUCUACCUCUUCAGCUGUGCUAAAACAAGUGGUGGUCUUCAAAAUUACAGAAAACUUGAAUGUCUGAACAUUGAAGGCAACCAGCCCCCUGCUUUGCUAUCUGGGGUUUUGAAUCACAGAAUCAAUCUUCCACUAAAAUGCCUCAGAAUAGAAAGUAACUUCAUACACCCAUUGUUAUGGAAGGAAGAGAUUCAGAACCAGCCUCAGAAGCUCACUGAUCUACCUGCCCUUUGCUUCUCCAAACAUCACAGAAGAUAUUAAAAUAAAAUAGAUGAUUUUGCUGUCUGUGAUUGCUGCUGUGGACUUUGGUAUGGCAAAGGACUUGGGCUUGUCUGAUGUUACAGAACCAUAUUUAGAUUUGGAAGGCUUCCCUUUUCCUCCCAUGGCUGCCCAUCAUCAUACCAUAGAAACUUAAUUUCUCAAACUGAGACUUGACUCCAGUACUUUGUGGAGAGUGAUCUGGAUUACAGCAGAGGAACUGCAAAUGGGAUAAAAUAGUUAAGAAGUACAAGAUCUCAUGUUAUUCUGUUAGACAACCUGGGAAUCAGCUGGAAUGAUAUGAUCAGGUGCUGUGU